UGAAACAAAUUGACAUUCUCAGAAAUCAACUUACAUAUAAAACUGAACUACUAGAAAAGUACAAAAAAUCUGAUCAAUUUGAUCUUAAUCACUAAGGACUGAAACUAAAAUUGUGUAUUUUCUUUGAUUCAAAAGUAUGGAAGGAGAAAUAAAUGGAAGUGUUCACCCUAUAUUUACACGGGAUCCAGAUGAUUUUAUGCAGUAUCUAAACAAACAGGUCAGCGUUCUUAAAGAGGAUGGGAAAGAAGUCACAGGAUGGGUGUACACUAUUGAUCCAGUCUCAGAGAGCUUUGUUCUGUUAUCCUUCACAGAUGACAAGACACAAUUGGACAUAGUAAUGGGACCAAGUGUAAGACAAGUUUCUGUUUUGGACGAGAACUCUGAAACCUACAAGAAACGCAUUGAAGCCAUGUUUAGACCUCCUGAAGUUGAGGCACUCUCAGAGGAGGAACUUGAGAAGAGAAAGAAUGUACUGAAAAGUUGGCUACUCAAGAAUCGUUUACCAGUGCAAGUUGCUGGAAACAAUGGAGAACUUCUGUCAAUUUCAGAUGCCUUGUUUAUUGAGCCACCUUAUGGAGUCGACAAUUGUCGUAGCACUAAUGAAAUCAUCUUGGGUAGAAUUCAGGGUCUAAUUAAAAACAUGCCUUCUGAUCAAGAGGAAUGGUGCUGAUGUUUGAAAGACAUUGUCAUUUAAUGUUUCUUUCAUUAAAAUUAUAAAACAUAACUUGUAAUAUAGU